UAGCAAUAAAAUUUAACCGAGGCGUUUUUGACGAGGUUUGAUUUCUGGAAGCAAUCCGAUUCCCAUGGCCGAGGAUCGGAAACCAGAUGCACAGUUCUUCGAGCUUCUAUCCAAUCUUCUCCAAGAGGUGGAGACUCUGACAAACCAAGAAGAAGUUGAAUUGCGUUCCAAGAUUGAAGCCCUUGGAUUAGAGGUUACAAAAGUUCCUUCAAAUUCAACCAAGCAGCUUAAUGAGUUGGAAAUAGCUAGGGAGUUGGAUAAAUUAUCAGCAAAAUUGGAUGAUGUUGAUGAGAUGAUAUCAUCAACCAUGGCUGAAGAUCCACAAGUGAGGUCUCUCUUAAGUGAUACAGCUGAUUUGUGGAUGCCAGUUAUCACUGCCAGUUCCGAGGAAAGGCGUAAUUUUGCAGCUUCAUCUGGAGAAGAUAACAAAGACCAAACGCAAGUGGAAAACUCUAAAUAGAUUCUUAUUUCUUGUAUUCCAAUAUUGAUGAGCUUGUAGCAUUAUUAUUAUUAUUAUUAUUAUUAUUAUUAUUAUUAUUAUUAUUAUUAUUAU